AUGUUCCUCUUCUCCAAGAAACACAAGACCCCCAUCAGCACUUACACCGACUCCUACCGCCCGCCAUGCUCUGUCAAAAAGACCAUCCAUGAGCAGGCUCCACAGGAGCUCUGGAAAGAAAACAAGUUUGUUACGCAGGGAUUAACGAUGCCCCGCGUGCAAAAUCCGGUGAGCCAAGGUCAGCGUGAGCAGCUGAUUAAGGCGGCAAUGCAGGAGCACUACAGGAACACCAUCGACCCCGCUGCCUAUUGGCCUGAGAAGUACUGGCUGGCCAGGUUCGAAGAGAAGUACAACCCGGUUUUUGUCAAUGAGGACAAAUAUGUCACCUGGAGAACAGGUCCCUACAACAGCGCAGCCUGGAAUAAGCACUCCUCUUACCUUCCCCUCCUGCCCAAGGUGACAAGGAUGGAGACCUUCCUGCACAGUGUACCAGUGCCGUACCCCCCAAAACCCAUCUGCCUCAAUCAGUUUGAGCGGGAGGUGAUCACCAACAUGCUGCACAGGCUGCCCGUGUACAGUGUGACAGGGAGGGGACCCUUCCAGGGCUACUACAGCCCCUGCUCUGGGCGCCACUACUGCCUGCGAGGGAUGGACUACUACGUUGAUGGGGGUCCUGCCAUCAGAAGACAUCUCCACACACUAGGAGAGAGGGCUGAGUAUACCAUGCUGCAGUUACAGCCCCAGAGCGAUGUUCCAUACAUCUACACAUCGCCCUCAGCCAUCCUCCCCAUACAAGAGCCUUAG